AUGGAGCUGUUAAAGACAAUAUUCUCGGAAACAUAUUGGAUGCAGCUCAACGGAUGUGUAAGCGAGCGCGCGACGAACAUAAAGAUUGUGGUGCACAGGGUGCAGUAUAAUUAUAUACAUGAAGCAAUACUAGACAACCCUAAACAUAAUCUUGUGGUUUCAUCUCUAUUGGUACGUUUUCCUUUAUGCAAGCUGACUUCAGUGGCGUCGGGAAGUUCUAGGAAUGAACUUUUGUCGAUACUGGGAAUUAAAUCUAGUAACACAAACUGUUUUAUGAAUCUGAAAGAAGUGAUUACACCUCUUAAAGACAUCGAUGUGAUGUUAAUAAACAAAAUAAUAUUGAACUACACGAACGAAGUCGAUCCUCGGUUUGUUAUUCAUGGCCCGGAUUAUGGUGUAAGAGUCGAUAAGGUCGGUUUUGAUAACCCACAGACGGCUGUUUCGUUUAUAAAUAAAGGAAUUGAACGAGCAACACUGAAACGUAUACACGAAGUACUGGAUCCAAAAGAAAUUAAUAAUAAAACCUCAAUCUUAGUCAUAAGUGCAGCAUAUUUAAAGGUCACUUGGGAGUUUCCAUUCGAUAUAAGGCUGACGAAAACUAUGAAGUUUCGCCAUCACGAUGGAAAUAUUUCCAUGCUUCCGAUGAUGUCGAAAACUAGCUCAUAUUCUUACUUAAACGAUGAUAUGACUAACACACAGAGUAUAAAUAUUAAAUUGGCCAGCUUCGGAUUGUCAAUAACGAUUGUGGUACCACAGAUCUCUAACGGUUUGGAGAAAUUUUUGUUGAAUCUGUCACAUAAUCCAGAUCUUCUCAAGGAAUUUUACAAAAGAAUGCGAUAUGAAACUAUAAACUUAAUGUUGCCGAGAUUCAAGAUUAAAACUAAUAUUGAAUGGAAUAAACACUUAAAAAAGAUUGGAUUGAAACAAAUUUUCAAUGAAAGCGAGUCGGGCUUAAGUACAAUUUUAAAAGAAAAUAGUAAAGCUAAAAACAUGUACAUAAGCAAAAUGAAGCAGCAGAGUUUUAUUGACGUUGAUGAAAUGGGAAUUUUUAGACAAACCCCAGUACGAGAACUCUUCGACGAUGAGCAUUUUCAUAGAGACUCAAGAUCCAUAGAAAUGAUCGUAGACCAUCCGUUCUACUUCAUGAUAACUCUUCAACCGGACCUGUCCGAUCCUUCGGAUAUGCACGAACUUUUUACAGGAGUUUAUUAUGGACCAGAUCAUUGAGACAUGAAUUUGAGAAUACACUUAAUAAGCAUAUUGGUUUGUUACGGAUUUUUUUUUAAUAAUUAAUAAACGCUUCAUACUUAACGGAU